UGCCAACUUAACUGAGAUUCUGAGUGCAAGAAUAACCUCGGUCAUGGCCUUGGGUGCCAAGGAAAUCCCUCUUAGCCUCCUCUUGGCAGACUUGGCCAGCCUUCCCCAUUGACAGCCUGGCUCUUUGGAUUCAAGCUGCCUGGUCAGACUGCAAGGGUCAUCUGUACAAAGAGAGAAGCAACAGUGCCAGGUUCCAGCGUGCAUUCCAAGUUCCACAUUCUGUGUGCAGGCUCUCAGUGCCAGAGCAAAGGCAGGCCCCUGGCAGGGGGCUGCUGAGGAGGUGGAACUCCAGAGACACUCCUGAAAUUGUCCUAAGUCAAAGGAGCCAAACAGUGCACCAGCUCCCUCUCUGCCAUCCCCUCUGAGAGCAGCCAUGGCCCUGAGUGAUGUCGAUGUGCAAAAGAAGAUUAAGCACAUGAUGGCUUUCAUUGAGCAGGAAGCCAGUGAGAAAGCAGAGGAAAUCGAUGCCAAGGCUGAGGAGGAGUUUAACAUUGAGAAAGGACGCCUUGUGCAAAUCCAACGACUGAAGAUUAUGGAGUAUUACGAGAAAAAGGAGAAGCAGAUAGAGCAGCAGAAGAAAAUCCAGAUGUCCACCAUGAGGAAUCAGGCAAGGCUGAAAGUCCUGAGAGCCCGAGAUGACCUCAUCUCAGAUUUGCUCAGAGAGGCAAAGCUGAGGCUCAGCAGGAUUGUAGAGGACCCAGAAGUCUACCAGAGGCUGCUGGAUAAACUGGUGCUCCAGGGUCUGCUCCGACUGCUGGAACCUGUGAUGAUUGUGCGCUGCCGGCCACAGGACCUCCUCCUAGUGGAGGUUGCAGUGCAAAAGGCCAUCCCCGAAUACAUGACAAUUUCCCAAAAACACGUGGAGGUCCAGAUUGAUCGAGAGGCAUAUCUGGCUGUGAAUGCAGCUGGAGGUGUGGAGGUCUACAGUGGCAAUCAGAGAAUAAAGGUUUCAAAUACCUUGGAAAGUCGACUGGAUCUCUCAGCCAAGCAAAAGAUGCCCGAAAUACGAAUGGCCUUGUUUGGUGCUAACGCCAAUAGAAAGUUUUUUAUAUAAACCUCUGGGAAGUGAAGCUCAUGGUGAACCACGAUAUCGUAAAGGUCUAAGUUUUUGGGGCAAAGGAAACUAGUAGUGUUUCCUCCUCUUUGAUGCUCUGAUAUUGUUCUGUUUUUCUUCAUGAAAUGCCCUCUAAUAGCUAAAAUGUUAACUUUGAAAUAAAGCCCAAAUUAAUGCCCAGAA